AUGGCCGAAAACAUUCCCCAGGAGCCUAGCCUUGUUCAAGGCCAUGUUCAGUAUGCCAAAGGAAUUGCAGAGGCAGCUGUUGGGGACAUGACUGGAUCGCAUCCCUGGAAGUCGUCAGGCGAGCAAGACAAGGCAGCGGGCAUAUCGGCUAUGAAAACAGCAGGAGAGAAGAGGGAUGCUUCCCAAGGAUACGGAAAGCCCGAGGAACUGGCUGGCAAGCUGACGGGCUGCGAGGGCAUGAAGAAGGAGGGGAGCGAGAGCAGCAGCAGGAAGCACUGA